AUGCCAGUUGCCAAUAAACGUAGACUGGGAGUUGUCAUACCACCAAAGGUGGCAUCUAACCUCAUUACAAAAUCUAGCAACAAGCUCAAUUUGAUUAGUCAUCCAUCAGGAGCAGACGUUGAUCUGAUUGAAGAUAAACAUGAGCAGAGGAAGAUGGUCCAUAGGCAAUAUAGAGACCUGCGUGGCUCCACAAAAACCAGCAAUGAACCUUGCAGUGGAUCACUGCCCGCGUUUCCAAAGCAAGCCUCACAUGUUGGAGUUGCCGAUGAAAUUGUAGUGUUGGAUGGUGGGGUAGUAGUGGUUCCUGACGGUGCUCCGCCUCCAACUGAAGCUACAACAGUGACAAGAACAAAACUUAAAACCCUAGGUUCCUUCGUCCGCCGUCGCCACCGAAAUCACCACCACUUCCACCGCCGAGAACCUUCGGUAUAUUCGAAACCGUAUAUCUACACAUAUAUGGCUUAUUUACAUUACGGUAAAAAUAUCCUCCGCCGGAGCUCAGGUGGAGGGCUGCACCACCCACUGUUAUACGCUGCCCAGGGAGUCCGAUAUAGAAAGCUUGAAGUAAUUCUGACAACGACUAUAGAUAAGCUUGGAAAAGCUGGUGAAACAGUCAAGGUGGCGCCAGGAUAUUUUCGAAACCAUUUGAUGCCCAAGUUGCUUGCCGUCCCAAAUAUUGAUAAGUUUGCACAUCUCAUUAGUGAGCAGCGCAAGAUGUACCAACCUAAGGACAUUGAAGAGGUUAAAGAAGUUUCAAAGACGGAGGAAGACCGGUUGAAAGAAUAUCAGUCAGCAGCAAAUCGCCUUGAUAGUGCAAGGCUGAAUCUAAGAAGAUUCAUCAUAGAGGGAAAGGGUAAUGAAUUGCGUCAUCCAGUGACAAAAGAAGAAAUUCUGGCUGAGGUGGCUAGGCAGCUUCAAGUGCGCAUUGAACCUGAAAAUUUGCAAUUGCCAGCUCCUUUAUCUUCUUUAGGAGAGUAUGAGUUGCCACUCCGCCUACCGAAGUCGAUUCCGAAGCCGCAAGGAUAUGGAGAAUAA